UGACGUCAAACAGUACGGUCUUAGCAACGUAGCAUUUCUGCGUGAAGAAAGUUUGCAAAUUAAGCAGGUUCCAAGUUCAAGAUGUUUAUCACAGUGGAGCAUGGAGACGGUAAACUACUUGUGGUGAACCCCGACUGUAAUGCAGUAAUACUACAGGACUACGUGAGGAGAACAUGUGCCAUUGAGCCCUCGGUGACAGUGGACUUCAGUGACGAAUAUGCCAAUCUGACGGAACUGUUCAACAAGCCCCCUCUGGAGAACAUGUUUGACUACUUCAUGCCGCGCAGUACCGUUGUGCUGGUACAGGUUGACCGAAAAACAGAUGGCAGUAUCAAAAAAGUUACUCCUCUACUGACAGACUGGGAGAAGAAAUACCCUCUCAUGGAGAGAAAGCUGAGACAACGUGACAAGAAAACCAAACAGGUCUUCGCAGCAGCCGACAAGGAUGGUAAAGAAAGGGGACGAAGCAGUAAGCUUUCCAUGAAGAGCGAUUCUCCUACAUCCCAAGUCCCAAGCAAAACUAAUCUCAAAAAUGGAAAGAAUUCAGCUAAGGGAGACAACCGUUCCACUAGCACAACACCUAACGCUGAUGCCCCACCUCCCAAGAAUGCCCCACCUCCCAAGAAAAACAGUAGUAAGGGCAAGAAAAAGCAAGCGAAAUGACGAUUUACCAUGGAUGUAUAUUGUCUUCAGUGUUAUACAUAAACAGAAGCUUAAUUUAUCAGUACAAUUAAAAUGGCAAGUGCCAAUGCUCACAAACUUUGAAGUGUUGUGUUGU